UUACGAGUACCCGUAGUGCACGUGACAAUCAGCUGACUGAAGUUUGAGGAAGGAAAAGCUAAACAAAAACACAUACAAAACGCUCGAACCCAUAGAAUUAUAACUAGUUUAGUAAGCAUGGAGGCGACGCUUGAACAGCAUCUUGAUGAGACUAUGAAGCAUCCAGCGAUCGUGGGUGUGCUGGUUACAGAUCAACAAGGACACAACUUGGGCUGUCGUGGAUCCUUGUCUGACGAACACGGGGGUGUGGUAUCAGUACUGGCCAAACAGGCGGCAGGCCUUAGCAAAGACCCGACGGAUAGCCCCACUGUGUGCCUGGAGUCAGAUACAGGGAACGUUCUGGUUAGGACACACGGGAGCAUCACCGUGGCAGUGCACAAAAUGGCGUGCUAAAGAUGCCCCGUUUCCUGUACAGUGAUUUAUCCGAACAUGCAGUCAUGAGCUUAUAAAUUAUACCUUUGUAUUCUUUUCCUUGUAUAAAACCUUUUAAAAUGUGUAGUAUUGUUAUUAUGGUUGUCUUUCACGCCACACAAACAAAGUAUGCAUCAUGUGUUCACAUUUAGAAUUAAAAGAAUCUGCAUACAUCUUUCCUAGUAAGUGUCCUAAAAUAAUGCAAGCUUCACCUGUGUCCCAAAUGCUGUAUAUUACACAUUAAAAUACUUCAACCUUUUUUAAAUAGA